GGCCCGAGAACCAAAGGCACCACCCCCUUCAAAGUUCCAAGGCAAGGCGGAGCAAGUGGAGACCUUCAUCCGGCAAUGUGAGAAUGUGUUCUCCAUUGAGAGCCUGUCAUUUACCUCCGAGGAGGUCAAGAUCCGAUAUGCAGGCAACUUGAUGGAAGGAGAGGCAGCGAUCCGUUGGUAUGAGGCAUACCACAAUUCAAUUGAUCAAACCUCUGCCAACCGUCUUGCUGGGAUGCCGGUGGUGUUGGAUCAGAGAUGGAAGUGCUGGGAUUUCUUUGUGGAUGCUUUUAGAGCUGCCUUCGGCGAAGCCAUCUCUAGAGAUGAUGCUGUAGCCCAUUGGAAUACCCUUACCCACACAGCUCGAGGAGGAAUUGAUCUCUUCCUCAAUACUAUUAUUCAGCUGAUGUGGAAGACUGGCUAUGAGGGUCAGUUGGUGGAUGAUAAAAUCAACAAUUCCCUCCUCCCGGACCUAGGCAUGAGUUGGGCACUUUUCAAUCCCAAGCCAAAGUCCUUGAUGGAGCGGAUAGCUGCUCUAAGAGAGUUAGGGCACACACAUGAGAGGUAUCAAGGGAUGGCAGCUGAGAAAGUGCCCCCUCGGACCAAAAAAGAUCCUCCCGCCCAGAAAGACCAGCAGCCAAAAAGGAAAAGAGAAGCUGCGAGCUCCUCCGGACCUCAGAAGGCUCCCGGACCUAAGGACAAAGCGGUGGAACUGAAGGGUAUCCCGGGGGAUAUUCUAGAAGAAAGAAGGAAAGCAGAAGUAUGCUUGAAGUGCGGCAAGUCCAGGCACAAAUGGACCGAUUGUUCAUCAAAGGAACCUACUGUUGUCCGAGUGGCAGCGGUGAGAGUACAAAAGCGGAAGAGAGGGAAUGGCAAGUCCAACUCUCAGAAGAAAGCUAAAGUGGCUGCUGUUGUAGCAGAGGAUCCACUUGUUGUACUCCCGGAGGUUACAGAAGAUUUUGUUUUGCAGCCUGAGCAAGACUCGGACAAUGAAAUCCUCUGGUGGAAAAGUUGCCCGAAGCUAUUAGCUAUGUUGAAAAGACAAAGAGAAACAAGUUCGGAACCCGCUGUUAAGCAAAGAAGGUUGGAACAGAGGCUUCCCUCCUUACCAGUACAUGGAAAAAGACCUAUACUGAAGGCAGGACUGUCAUGGACGGUCAAAGGAAAGGAUGAAGGCGCCCAAGGGUCUUUCUUGUUUGACACCGGUUGUACAGGAGCUAUCCUCAACCAGAGUUUUGUCAGGAAACAUGGAAUUCCCUUAGUGCGGCGGGAUCAACCUCUGACAAUGUUUGAUGCUCAAGGAGAUAUCAUGAUGGGAGGAGGCGAGUAUUACACUCACCCGGUCCGCAUGACUAUGGGAGAUCAUAAGGAGACACUCCGGUGGGAGGUGGCUACUUUGGAAGAAGGAAUGACCGGUUACCUGCCCAUUAGUUGGGCUAGGAAGCAUAACCCGGACAUCAACUGGGAACUCAACACCAUGAGCUGGAGGAGUGACUACUGCAAGCAGAAUUGUCUCCCAGCGGCCACCAAGAUUGAAUUGAUCUCUCCUGUUACGGGCAUGCCAAGCAUUUACGGGAAGUGUGGUGCGACCAAAUUAGGACCAAAAACCCAGAGUCAUAAAAAACACGUUUUCGACCCCAAUAAUAACCCCCGGAGCGUCAAACCGCCGGAGGGGAGUGUUUUGGUACCGGUGGAUAUAUGA